ACCGCGUACAAUUCGUUCAGUACCACGCGACAUCCUAUCAGUUACCCAGCUGAUUAGCACCACAAUUAUCGGAACCAAUUUGCCGGUACCAAUUAGUUUUUUUUGUUAAAUAUAGCGGUUUUUCGAGUCAUAUUUUAGUGCUGAUGGAAAUAGUGCGACGUUGUUAACAUUUUUGUUUUUUUGUGUUUGUUUUAGCUAUAUUCCAUUUUGGAUUUUUUCAAGAUGUCAAAUUUCACUAGCAGUAGGGAUAACACAAACUAUUUUAAUGUUAAAGCAGAUCCCCGAACAGUGGAUUGGCCGCUGGUGUCAAACCCUUUAUACACAUUAGGAAUAUGCCUUACCUAUGUAUAUACCGUAAAGUUCCUAGGGCCGAAACUAAUGGAGAACAGAAAACCAUUUCAGUUAAAGAAUACAUUAAUUUUUUACAAUUUAUUCCAAGUCAUAUUUAGUGCCUGGUUAUUUUACUCGAUUGGUAUGGGUGGUUGGUUCACAGGAGAAUACAGUUUAAGAUGUCAGCCUGUAGAUUAUUCAAAUAAGCCGAGCACGAUACGAAUGGUGCACGCCUCAUGGUGGUACUUCUUUUCAAAGUUUACGGAGUUCUUUGAUACGAUAUUUUUUGUCAUGAGAAAAAAAUUCAAUCACAUCAGCACCUUACAUGUCAUACAUCAUGGAAUUAUGCCGAUGUCGGUAUGGUUUGGCGUUAAAUAUUGCCCAGGUGGACACAGUACGUUUUUCGGCCUACUUAACACAUUUGUUCACAUCAUUAUGUAUUUUUAUUACUUCCUCACUGCCCUUGGACCACAGGUUCAAAAGUAUCUCUGGUGGAAAAAAUAUCUUACUACUUUCCAAAUGGUUCAAUUCGUAGCAAUCAUGGUUCACGCAUUCCAGCUUCUUUUUAUUGAUUGCAACUACCCAAGAGUGUUCGCCUGGUGGAUAGGAUCACAUGCAGUUCUUUUCUUCUUCCUUUUCAAAGACUUUUACCAAAAGUCCUAUAAAGGCAGCAAAAAAGCGCUUGAAGCCAAAGCCAAGGGCAAUGAAGAAACUGAAACCAAAGCUACUCUUACAAAUGGCGGUAGUCAUUACCAGAAUGGGGUCUCAAAAUUAAACGGUACUGCCAUCAAUGGUGCCUCAAAACAAAAUGGCGUAGUAAAAGACGCAAGCGAAUACUAUGUUAACGGUGUAAAUAGGUCAACGGAACUUCACCAAAGAAUAAAGCAGCAAUGACAUGCUGCUCCAGUAUAUAGUUUAAUAGUGAUAAAGGAACUUUUAUAUUUAAUUAUUAUACAAUAGAAUGUCCAUAUUUUAAUACCCGUCUUUAGAGUCGAGUUAGAUAUAAUAAACAAAAGAGUUUUGGGUAAUGCGUUGCACAGUAAUGGAUUUUACUAAUAAAAUUUAAUAGAACAUUUCUAUAAAUCAGUAAAUAAAAUCGUCACGUUACUGACUAGGUUGGUAAAAAUUUUGAGAUAUUGAAUGAAUAUUUAUUUAGCUUUUGAUAAAAACACACCAAAGUAUAAAAAAGUUAUUGCAGUUGAUGCUUUUCAGUUUAUAUAUAUUAUGGUAUUGUAACUGGCAUUUGAUUUUGAAUUUGGUUUUAUGUAUAUACUUUUUUCUGUACAUAAAAACUAAAAAAGACAAAAGACAAUAUAAAUAUUGGAUUUUAGUUACUUUAUUUUGACUAAAAAGUUAAUUGUAAAAUUAAUCUAAAGCUAUAAAAACUCAAGUUUUAUAACUUAAGACUCUUCUUGGAUCCAGAUUUUUGUCUUUGAAUAUAAGUUAAUGUAUUUAAAGUUGUAAUUCAGUUGGCAUUAAAACUUUUGCCCCGUUUGUUUUGUUAUGCUGCGUUAUCUAUCUAUAUCUUGUAAUUAUAUUCCAAAAAAAUGUAUUAGAAUCUACAAUUUGAUCUGGCUUCAAAAAUAAUAUAAAAUUGUUUAUUUUACAAAAAAAAAGAUAUUCUUUAUAAGUCCAAUAUGGUAUCUAAAAGCUAUAGUAAUAUAUUAGCUUUAUUUUUGAAAUUAUAUGAAACAAUUGAGAAGCAAAUUUAAAUAAAGUGCAAAAAUUCAUAUAAACUUUAUUUUUCUGUUUUUUAUAAAAGAUAUAACAUAUAGCCAUAUUUUACAAUUAAUAUUAGAAAUGCAGUAGUGAACUACAGAAAGAAAUGUAUUGUUAUAGUGAUUUCCACUAAGUAAAUUCAGAAUUUAUUUAGCAUUUGUGGAUUUUUUAUUUACUGUUUGUUCUAACUAAAAUAUCAAUUCAACAAAAGUCCGUUAUUGUGCUCGUAGACUCAAUUAUCAAAAAAAAUAAUAAUUUUUUUAUGCCAAAAAACAUUCAUUGUAGCCUUAAACUAAUCUUCAUCAGUUUUCGGAUAAUGUCAGUACUUUUAUAUUUUUUCACCAAUAAAAAAGAAUUAAAUUAUAAUUGUUUAAAUUAUAUAGCGUAGUAAAGUGGUUUUGGUGAACAGAAAAAAAUCGUUAAGAGAGGAUUCUAGUCUAAUAUUAUAAUAGUAAGCAAUAGGGAAUAUAUCUAGAAAAAUUCCAAUGUAGUUUUUCUCGUGAGUCAACAACAAAUAUUGACCUUUUUUUAUACAAAGUGCUACCAAAAUUCGUUUUUUGAUUAUUAAAACUAUAUUGGAUAUAUACUGUUGUCAGAGAUAGCAAUGUAAGAACUUGCUCAAUUUAUCAUAUAUUUUACUAAUAUAUUAUGGUAUGUGCUGCGCAAUAUUUCAUAUUAGUAUUAGAAAUAAAUAAAUAAAUUCCUGUAAAAUGUUAAUAGUGAUACGUGUUGAUUUACUUAAGUCAAGAGUAAAGCAAUAUGUUUAAGUAUUAGAAAAAAAUACAAUUUUACUUAAUUAGGAAUAAGUAGAAUACGUUUAAGUAAUAUCUAGGUACGGGUGCCUUCCAAUAGGAUUCUUAAAUAACUUUUAAGGUGUAAAUAUUACUUUUAUAAGCUGUUUUGGAGUAGAAUGUUUCGUAUUUUUGCCAUUAUGAAACUGAUGUUUAGGGCAUUUUUUUUUUAAAUUCAGAUUGUUGUAAUUAAUUUGUUAUUAAAAAAGAACAUAUCGAGAAAAAUGUAUUAUUAUAUUUUAAUUUUUGUUGAUUAUAUACCCAAUACAAUGUGUUUUAAAUACAGCAACUUAAAAAUUUAAUUUGUGAAUGGUUAAUAUCUACAUAUUUUUUAUUUUGUUAUAGGUGUCGGUAUUUUUUACUGUUUUUAGAUUUAUAAUUUUAUUAAACACGUUACUGUUUGCCAUAGAACGAAUAUGUUAUUAAAGUUCAUAAUAACUAAUUCCAAAGUUGUCCACAAUACGACACUAACAAAAUUAAUAGUAUAGGUAUAUGUUAUUAUAUUUUUUAUUAAAUGCGAAUGAUUACAUA